AAAUGGUGGAAAAGCGAAAGGCUUACAAAGACCACAUGGGUUUUAUUUCACUUUCCAACUCCUUCACCCUUCUCUCUUCCUCCCAUAAUGGAAAAGUUCACAGACCACUGCGCUUCACUCUGCUCAUCAUCAUCGCCGCCGCCGCCGCCGUCGUCGUCGUCGUCGUCGUCGUCGUCGUCGUCGUCGUCGUCGUCGUCUUCUUCCAAACAAUCACGCCUCAAUGUUGUCGUUGUUUCAACUCUUCUAGCUUCAAUUUGCUUUCUCAGUCUCCGAUUCUCACCUUCCUUCCUUACUCUUCUUCUUCUUCUUCUAAUCCCUUCGUUUUUCUUCCUCGCAAACAAAAAAUCCGAUUCCAGUCAAAUCUCGGACCGAAAUCCACUUCUCAUCUCCACCGCCGGCCACCUGUUCGACGAAAAGCCUCAAAGAACAGUGGAAGAACUAUCCGCCGCGCAAAUCGGAGAAGAGCUUUCUUCUGAUGAUGAUAGUAGCAGCAAUGGCGGAUUUGAAAGUGGCGGAGAUUUCGAGUCCGAUCUCUGGAUGUGUUUGGACGAACUGGCUCUGAAUCUUCCGUUCUCUGACGAUUCGAGUUCCGAAGAUGACGAUAGCUUGAUCGAAAUUCCUCUUCUUCCAUACUCGGACGCGAUUCGAACGGAUUCGAACAGAGAAUUAGUUCGAAAUCUCGAGACGUGUUUGCCUGAUUUGUUACCGGAUUCUGUCCUGAAACAGAACGGAUUCGUGGAGCUUUUGGAAGAGAUCAACGAGGAAGACAACUUAAUCGAGAUCGACAUUUCCAGAGGCUUCAAUCGAGUUUCCACCGUUUGCAACUGAAGGAUGAAAAUCAGGGAUCGAGCAUUUGGAGUAAACUAGAAUGUUUUAAAAGAGUGGGAAGCUAAAUUAAAAGAGAAAGCAAUUCAUUCAAAAUUCUUAGAGAGACAACAUCUUGACACAUUAAAGCGUCUCAACGCUCGUAUCUAACCUUUCAAACCAUUCGACAUGCACGAGCAGAUCCUGAUGCCACUUUGGACGUCUCAACACUACAAAUUUUUAGUUAACGUCGUGUUUAAUAUUGGACAAUGUUUUGACACUGUUGGAUGCUCAAAUUACGAACAUUCAAGUUUUCGUUUGUAGUGUCUCGAUGAUGUCAUCUUUUUUAUGAUAUUUUUCUUAUUUGAAGAACAAUACCGAGAUUCGAACUAGCUUCACUAUUUCUACGAGUUUGAAUAGAACUAAUAGUUAUUU